AUGCCUCAAUGUUGUGAUUAUUAUUUGGCUUUCACUGGAAGUAGAUGUUCAUCACCUGAAUCAGUCACCUCAGACAUUGAAUUCUCUGGAUUUACCCUCAAGGAAUUAUUUGAUGAAAACAGAGCAUAUUCACCUGAUUCCUGUAUGUCUGAGAGUGAGUCUGUUGAGUCAGUUGAAUUGGGUGUAAUAUCUCAAAGAUCUCUGUCACCAGAAUCAAUCACUUCAGAAGGUGACUUUACCUUCCUUGAGCUCUUGUUAUCAGAGUCUAGACCAUCCUCUCCAGAGUCUAUUGCAUUAUUUGAUGAGUACAGGCCUCUCUCUCCUGAUUCUCCAGUUCCUCACUUCAUGCCUCAUUGUUGCAAUUAUGAUUUGGCAUUCACUGGAAGUAGAUGUUCAUCACCAGAAUCAGUAUCUUCAGAUAUUGAGUUCUCAGGACUUUACCUUAAGGAAUUUAUUGCUGAGGACAGAGCAGAUUCUCCUGAAUCGAUAUAUUCAGACAAUGAUUUUCUGGAUCAAUUGGAAGCAGGACUUGUUCCACUCUUGCUUGAAUCAGCUUCUCCAGUUUCUGAUCCUCUCCCUCACUCUACCCAAUCUGAAACAUCUGUUAACAAAUUAAUCUCACCUGUCUUAGUCCAGUCUGAAUCUGUGCACAGAGACACCAAACCAGAUAUAUUAGUAUCUACCACAACAAUGGCAAAAGAAGGCUCUGUUGAGGAUCAAACCACAUUGCCAGUUGCAGUUAAGAAAGCAUUUAUACAGCUUGACUUGAGUGAUGAGAAGUUUGGUUCGUUAUUACCAGUCCCUGUACUGAUGCCAGUAAAGCAGGAGCCAGCUAAUGCUCUAGAUGAGGUAGACGAAGACAAUUUGAAACACCAAGAUAUAUCUGAAGUCAAAUCUUUAUCUCCCGAGUCAGUCUUUUCAGACAGUGUUUCACAAUUCAGAGCUGGACAUUGUAAUUAUUAUUUGUUAUACAGUGGGAGGAUUUCUCCGAUACCUGAAUCUGUAACAACAUUUGAUGAUCAUAGGCCUCUUUCUCCUGACUCACCUGCUUCACAAUUCAGACCUGGACAUUGUGAUUAUUAUUUGGUGUACAAUGUGAGUAGUUCUGUGUCACCUCAGUCUGUAACUUCAGACAUUGAAUAUCAUGGUUUGUACAGACCAGGUUCCCCGUCAGAUAGUGAAUUGAUAGUGACAGUUCAAAGUAGCGUAUCUGUGCAUAGACCACUCUCACCAGAAUCAAUAACUUCAGAAGAUGAUUAUUCCUUCCUUGAGCUCUUGUUGUCAGAGACUAGACCAUCCUCUCCAGAGUCUGUUGCAUCAUUUGAUGAUUACAGGCCUCUCUCUCCAGACUCUCCAGUUCCUCACUUCAUGCCUCAAUGUUGUGAUUAUUUGGCUUUCACUGGAAGUAGAUGUUCAUCACCUGAAUCAGUAUCUUCAGGUAUUGAAUUCUCUGAGUUCUGUCUUGAGGAACUGUUUGCUGAAGAAAGAGCAGAUUCACCUGAAUCAAUUAUAUCAGAGAGUGAAAUUGUUGAGUCAGUUGAAGGAGGUCUAAUGAAAUUCAGACCCUUGUCACCAGAAUCAAUAACUUCAGAAGAUGAUUAUACCUUCCUUGAGCUCUUGUUUGCAGAGUCUAGACCAUCUUCACCUCAUUCUAUCACUUCAACUGACGAAUAUCGAUCUCUAUCUCCUGAUUCCCCAAUCCCACAAUUUAGACCCACAAUAAUUGAGUUGUCAAUGUCAUUCCUUAGCAGAUCUCCGUCACCUAUUUCAGUAACUUCAGACAUUGAAGGAUCUGGCUUCUAUCUUGAGGAAUUAUUCAAUGAAGAGAGACCAGAUUCACCUGAAUCAUUUAUAUCAGAGAGUGAAUUUGUUGAGUCAGUUGAAAAAGGUGUCAUGAAACUCAGACCCUUGUCACCAGAAUCAGUAACUUCAGAAGAUGAUUAUUCCUUCCUUGAGCUCUUGUUAUCAGAGUCUAGACCAUCCUCUCCAGAGUCUGUUGCAUCAUUUGAUGAGUACAGGCCCCUCUCUCCAGACUCCCCAGUUCCCGAUUUCAGACCACAUUGUUGUGAUUAUUAUUUGCUAUUCACAGAAGAUAGAUCUUCGUCACCUGAAUCAGUCACCUCAGACAUUGAAUUCUCUGGAUUUAGCCUCAAGGAAUUAUUAGCUGAAAACAGAGCAUAUUCUCCUGAUUCCUGUAUGUCUGAGAGUGAGUCUGUUGAGUCAGUUGAAUUGGGUGUAAUAUCUCAAAGAUCUCUGUCACCAGAAUCAAUAACUUCAGAAGAUGAUUAUUCCUUCCUUGAGCUCUUGUUAUCAGAGUCUAGACCAUCCUCUCCAGAGUCUGUUGCAUCAUUUGAUGAGUACAGGACCCUCUCUCCUGACUCUCCAGUUCCUCACUUCAUGCCUCAAUGUUGUGAUUAUUAUUUGGCUUUCACUGGAAGUAGAUGUUCAUCACCUGAAUCAGUCACCUCAGACAUUGAAUUCUCUGGAUUUACCCUCAAGGAAUUAUUUGAUGAAAACAGAGCAUAUUCACCUGAUUCCUGUAUGUCUGAGAGUGAGUCUGUUGAGUCAGUUGAAUUGGGUGUAAUAUCUCAAAGAUCUCUGUCACCAGAAUCAAUCACUUCAGAAGGUGACUUUACCUUCCUUGAGCUCUUGUUAUCAGAGUCUAGACCAUCCUCUCCAGAGUCUAUUGCAUUAUUUGAUGAGUACAGGCCUCUCUCUCCUGAUUCUCCAGUUCCUCACUUCAUGCCUCAUUGUUGCAAUUAUGAUUUGGCAUUCACUGGAAGUAGAUGUUCAUCACCAGAAUCAGUAUCUUCAGAUAUUGAGUUCUCAGGACUUUACCUUAAGGAAUUUAUUGCUGAGGACAGAGCAGAUUCUCCUGAAUCGAUAUAUUCAGACAAUGAUUUUCUGGAUCAAUUGGAAGCAGGACUUGUUCCACUCUUGCUUGAAUCAGCUUCUCCAGUUUCUGAUCCUCUCCCUCACUCUACCCAAUCUGAAACAUCUGUUAACAAAUUAAUCUCACCUGUCUUAGUCCAGUCUGAAUCUGUGCACAGAGACACCAAACCAGAUAUAUUAGUAUCUACCACAACAAUGGCAAAAGAAGGCUCUGUUGAGGAUCAAACCACAUUGCCAGUUGCAGUUAAGAAAGCAUUUAUACAGCUUGACUUGAGUGAUGAGAAGUUUGGUUCGUUAUUACCAGUCCCUGUACUGAUGCCAGUAAAGCAGGAGCCAGCUAAUGCUCUAGAUGAGGUAGACGAAGACAAUUUGAAACACCAAGAUAUAUCUGAAGUCAAAUCUUUAUCUCCCGAGUCAGUCUUUUCAGACAGUGUUUCACAAUUCAGAGCUGGACAUUGUAAUUAUUAUUUGUUAUACAGUGGGAGGAUUUCUCCGAUACCUGAAUCUGUAACAACAUUUGAUGAUCAUAGGCCUCUUUCUCCUGACUCACCUGCUUCACAAUUCAGACCUGGACAUUGUGAUUAUUAUUUGGUGUACAAUGUGAGUAGUUCUGUGUCACCUCAGUCUGUAACUUCAGACAUUGAAUAUCAUGGUUUGUACAGACCAGGUUCCCAGUCAGAUAGUGAAUUGAUAGUGACAGUUCAAAGUAGCGUAUCUGAGCAUAGACCACUCUCACCAGAAUCAAUAACUUCAGAAGAUGAUUAUUCCUUCCUUGAGCUCUUGUUAUCAGAGUCUAGACCAUCCUCUCCAGAGUCUGUUGCAUCAUUUGAUGAGUACAGGCCUCUCUCUCCAGACUCUCCAGUUCCUCACUUCAUGCCUCAAUGUUGUGAUUAUUUGGCUUUCACUGGAAGUAGAUGUUCAUCACCUGAAUCAGUAUCUUCAGAUAUUGAAUUCUCAGAUUUCUGUCUUGAGGAACUGUUUGCUGAAGAAAGAGCAGAUUCACCUGAAUCAUUUAUAUCAGAGAGUGAAAUUGUUGAGUCAGUUGAAAGAGGUCUAAUGAAAUUCAGACCCUUGUCACCAGAAUCAAUAACUUCAGAAGAUGAUUAUACCUUCCUUGAGCUCUUGUUAUCAGAGUCUAGACCCUCUUCACCUCAUUCUAUCACUUCAACUGACGAAUAUCGAUCUCUAUCUCCUGAUUCCCCAAUCCCACAAUUUAGACCCACAAUAAUUGAGUUGUCAAUGUCAUUCCUUAGCAGAUCUCCGUCACCUAUUUCAGUAACUUCAGACAUUGAAGGAUCUGGCUUCUAUCUUGAGGAAUUAUUCAAUGAAGAGAGACCAGAUUCACCUGAGUCAUUUAUAUCAAAGAGUGAAUUUGUUGAGUCAGUUGAAAAAGGUGUCAUGAAUAUCAGACCCUUGUCACCAGAAUCAGUAACUUCAGAAGAUGAUUAUUCCUUCCUUGAGCUCUUGUUAUCAGAGUCUAGACCAUCCUCUCCAGAGUCUGUUGCAUCAUUUGAUGAGUACAGGACCCUCUCUCCUGAUUCUCCAGUUCCUCACUUCAUGCCUCAUUGUUGCAAUUAUUAUUUGGCCUUCACUGGAAGUAGAUCCUCAUCACCAGAAUCAGUCACCUCAGACGUUGAAUUUUCUGGAUUUAGCCUUGAGGAAUUGUUUGCUGAUUACAGAGCAGAUUCUCCUGAAUUGAUAUAUUCAGACAAUGAAUUUCUGGAUCAAUUGGAAGCAGGACUUGUUCCACUCUUGCAUGAAUCAGUUUCUCCAGUUUCUGAUCCUCUCCCUCACUCUACUCAAUCUGAAACAUCUGUUAACAAAUUAAUCUCACCUGCCUUAGUCCAGUCUGAAUCUGUGCACAGAGACACCAAACCAGAGAUAUUAGUAUCUACCACAACAAUGGCAAAAGAAGGCUCUGUUGAGGAUCAAACCACAUUGCCAGUUGCAGUUAAGAAAGCAUUUAUACAGCUUGACUUGAGUGAUGAGAAGUUUUGUUCGUUAUUACCAGUCCCUGUACUGAUGCCAGUAAAGCAGGAGCCAGCUAAUUCUCUUGAUGAGGUAGAGGAAGACAAUUUGAAACACCAAGAUAUAUCUGAAGUCAAACCUUUAUCUCCCGAGUCAGUCUUUUCAGACAGUGUUUCACAAUUCAGACCUGGACAUUGUAAUUAUUAUUUGUUAUACAGUGGGAGGAUUUCUCCGAUACCUGAAUCUGUAACAACAUUUGAUGAUCAUAGGCCUCUUUCUCCUGACUCACCUGCUUCACAAUUCAGACCUGGACAUUGUGAUUAUUAUUUGGUGUACAAUGUGAGUAGUUCUGUGUCACCUCAGUCUGUAACUUCAGACAUUGAAUAUCAUGGUUUGUACAGACCAGGUUCCCCGUCAGAUAGUGAAUUGAUAGUGACAGUUCAAAGUAGCGUAUCUGAGCAUAGACCACUCUCACCAGAAUCAAUAACUUCAGAAGAUGAUUAUUCCUUCCUUGAGCUCUUGUUAUCAGAGUCUAGACCAUCCUCUCCAGAGUCUGUUGCAUCAUUUGAUGAGUACAGUCCUCUCUCUCCAGACUCUCCAGUUCCUCACUUCAUGCCUCAAUGUUGUGAUUAUUUGGCUUUCACUGGAAGUAGAUGUUCAUCACCUGAAUCAGUAUCUUCAGGUAUUGAAUUCUCUGAGUUCUGUCUUGAGGAACUGUUUGCUGAAGAAAGAGCAGAUUCACCUGAAUCAAUUAUAUCAGAGAGUGAAAUUGUUGAGUCAGUUGAAGGAGGUCUAAUGAAAUUCAGACCCUUGUCACCAGAAUCAAUAACUUCAGAAGAUGAUUAUACCUUCCUUGAGCUCUUGUUUGCAGAGUCUAGACCAUCUUCACCUCAUUCUAUCACUUCAACUGACGAAUAUCGAUCUCUAUCUCCUGAUUCCCCAAUCCCACAAUUUAGACCCACAAUAAUUGAGUUGUCAAUGUCAUUCCUUAGCAGAUCUCCGUCACCUAUUUCAGUAACUUCAGACAUUGAAGGAUCUGGCUUCUAUCUUGAGGAAUUAUUCAAUGAAGAGAGACCAGAUUCACCUGAAUCAUUUAUAUCAGAGAGUGAAUUUGUUGAGUCAGUUGAAAAAGGUGUCAUGAAACUCAGACCCUUGUCACCAGAAUCAAUAACUUCAGAAGAUGAUUAUACCUUCCUUGAGCUCUUGUUAUCAGAGUCUAGACCAUCCUCUCCAGAUUCUGUUGCAUCAUUUGAUGAGUACAGGCCCCUCUCUCCAGACUCCCCAGUUCCCGAUUUCAGACCACAUUGUUGUGAUUAUUAUCUGCUAUUCACAGAAGAUAGAUCUUCAUCACCACAAUCAGUCACCUCAGACAUUGAAUUCUCUGGAUUUAGCCUCAAGGAAUUAUUUGCUGAAAACAGAGCAUAUUCUCCUGAUUCCUGUAUGUCUGAGAGUGAGUCUGCUGAGUCAGUUGAAUUGGGUGUAAUAUCUCAAAGAUCUCUGUCACCAGAAUCAAUAACUUCAGAAGCUGACUUUACCUUCCUUGAUCUCUUUUUUGUAGAGUCUAGAUCAUCCUCUCCUGAAUCUGUAACAUCAUUUGAUGAAUACAGGCCUCUCUCUCCUGACUCACCUGUUCCUGAUUUCAGACCUCAAUACUGUGAUUAUUAUUUGCUGUUCACUGCUGAUAGUUCUUCGUCUCCUGAAUCAGUCAGUUCAGAUCUUGAGUACUCUGGAUCUUCCCUUGAGGAAUUAUUUACCGAGGACAGACCAAAUUCACCUAUUUCCAUCUGGUCAGAGGGCGGUGAUCAUGAUGAUGAUGAUGGUAGUCCUCCAGAAGAGAUCCCAACUGUACAUUGGGCUAUCAUACAACAGUUCAUGGUGUCUAAAGCUGUACAAACAGGCUUAUCAACUGACACGGAUGAAUUUUCAUCCCUGCCUGAAGUGCGGCCCGCGUCUCCAGAAUAUAGACUAGUUUACAAGGCCGUUCCCAUCAAACGAAUGUCCCAUAUGUAUGACCCAGCGUACGAAGGUGAAACCUGCUACAGUAAGAAUGGUGUUUCCGAACAUUCCGAACAUAGACAGAAGGUUAGACAGGCACUUGACUGUCAGAGGGGACUUUGUGGUGAUUUCAGGCCAGUUCAUUUUAGCGAAUCCAACCGUGGCAUGCCAAGUGUCUCUGAAACAUCAGCAGUUGAGGUGACAGAACAAGAUAUCUCCUCACUAAAACACUCUAACAUCACCGACCAGACAGUCACAGAAACUUUCCAUGAACCUCAUUUGCCAAUAUCCCAGCCAGUAGAGACAGAAAUCAGAACCCCUUCCCCCGUUUUAGCUGAAUGGGAGUUUGUCCAGUUGUCGUCCCUUCCUGAGUAUAGACCUCUUUCUCCUGAGUCACUCGGUUCAGACAGUGAUGGAAUCCUUUUAUAUCUUGACCACUUCUUUACUGACAUGAGGCCGUCUUCACCUGAAUCUGUUGCGUCAGCGAAUGAAUACUGGCCUCUCUCUCCUGACUCUCCAGUUCCCCACUACGGACCUAGAAUCCUAGAUGUUAUCACGACUGCAGAGCGUAGAUCUUCCCUAUAUUCAGUUACAUCAGACAUUGAAUUGUUCGGAUUAUGUCUUGAGGAAUCGUUUGCUGAGGACAGAGCAGAUUCUCCUGAUUCCUUUAAUUCAGAAGGUGAAUAUGAACAGGUCGAUGAGACACUGACCAAAUCCGGUCCUCUAUCAGCAGAAUCGUCAAAAACAGAAGAUGAGUACGCUCAUUCCUUCAUUCAGUACUGGCUUUCCGAGUUACAGCCAUCCUCUUUAGACCCCAUGACAUCACUAGAUGAGUUACAGCCAUCCUCUGCAGAACCCAUGACAUCACUAGAUGAGUUACAGCCAUCCUCUGAAGAACCCAUGACAUCACUAGAUGAGUUAGAUGCUGCAGAAACAAGCUCAUCCACAGAAAUUGAGGAUUCCGAAGCUCAGCCUAUUGAUGAAUUCUCUGAAGGAAAAACGUUGACUCCAGUUCCUUCCAAGCUAAUGGCCCAAACAUUUGACCCAGCGUACAAAGGUGAAACGUUCUUGAAUAAAUCAGGUGUUUUUGAAUGUGCAGGAGACAGACAGGUUAGAGAGAUAAUGGAGCGUCUGAAGGACAAAGAAAUUGUCCUGGGCAGGCCGAUCACACCAGAAUCAAUAACGUCAGAAGAGAUUCAGUCGUUUUUGAAUGAUUGGUCUACUGAGUUAGAGUUAAGGCCAAACUCUAUUGAAUCACUUGAUGAGGAUAGGCCUCUCUCUCCUGACUCUCCUAUUCCCCAGUUCUUACAUCAAUGUUGUGAUUAUUACUUGGAACUCCCUGGUGAUAGGUCUCAAUCACCUCUGUCAGUAACGUCAGACAUUGAAUACUGUGGAUCAUAUCUCAAUGAACUGAUUCCUGAACACAGACCAGAUUCUGCUGAUUCCUUUUUGGCCGAUAGUGAAUUCAAAGAGUCAAUUGAACAAUUUUUUAUGAAGCUCAGAGCCCUGUCACCAAAAUCAGUAACUUCAGAAGAUGAUUAUACCUUCCUUGACCUCUUGUUUUCAGAGUCUAGACCAUAUUCUCCUGAAUCUGUAACAUCGCUUGAUGAGGAUAGGCCUCUCUCUCCUGACUCUCCUAUUCCCCAGUUCUUACAUCAAUGUUGUGAUUAUUACUUGGUAUUCCCUGGUGAUAGGUCUCAAUCACCUGAAUCAGUAACUUCAGAUAUUGAGUACUCAGAACUUUACCUCAAGGAACUAUUUGGUGAGGACAGACCAGAUUCUCCUGAUUCCUUUAUGUCCGAGGGUGAGUUUAAGACAGUUGAAAAAGGUGUCAUGAAUUACAGAUCUCUUUCACCAGAAUCAAUAACUUCAGAAGAUGACCAUACAUUCCUUGAGCUCUUGUUUGCAGAGUCUAGACCAUCAUCACCGGAAUCUGUAACAUUGUUUGAUGAGUAUAGACCCCUUUCUCCUGACUCUCCAAUUCCCCAGUUCUUACAUCAAUAUUGUGAUUAUUAUUUGGUUUUCCCUGCUGAUAGGUCUUCAUCACCUGAAUCAGUAACAUCAGAUAUUGAAUUCUCUGAGUUCUGUCUCGAUGAAUUGUUUGCUGAGGACAGAGCAGAUUCUCCUGAUUCCUUUAAUUCAGAAGGUGAAUAUGAACAGGUCGAUGAGACACUGACCAAAUCCAGUCCUCUAUCAGCAGAAUCGUCAAAAACAGAAGACGAGUACGCUCAUUCCUUCAUUCAGUACUGGCUUUCCGAGUUACAGCCAUCCUCUGUAGACCCAAUGACAUCACUAGAUGAGUUAGAUGCUGCAGAAACAAGCUCAUCCACAGAAAUGGAUGAUUCUGAAUCGCAGCCUAUUUAUGAAUUCUCUGGUAGAAAAACAUCAACUCUAGAAUAUAGACUGGUUUAUAAGGCAGUUCCUUCCACGCUAAUGGCCCAUACAUUAGAUCCAGCGUACAAAGGUGAAACCUAUUUCACUAUGACAGGUGUUUUUGAAUAUGCAGGAGACAGACUUGUUAGAAAAGUCCUGGAUCAACCGCAGCAAUCUGUUGAAGACUUGAGGCAAGUUAGUGUUGAAGAACCAGCCUCACCUUGUCAUUCUGCUACUCCAGAAGAUGAGGAGACAGUACUAGAGGGAUCCUUACUAACAGUCCCUCAUGUCACUGACCAGACAGUCACAGAAACUUUGCAGGAACCUCAUUUGCCAAUAUCCCAGUCAGUAGAGACAGAAAUCAGAACCACUUCCCCCGUCUUAGCUGAAUGGGAGUUCAUCCAGUUGUCGUACCUUCCUGAGUAUAGACCUCUUUCUCCUGAGUCACUCGGUUCAGACAGGGAUGGAAUCCUUUUAUAUCUUGACCACUUCUUUACUGACAUGAGGCCGUCUUCACCUGAAUCUGUUGCGUCAUUUGAUGAGUACAGGCCUCUCUCUCCUGACUCUCCAGUUCCCCACUUCAUGCCUCAAUGUUGUGAUUAUUAUUUGGCUCCCACUGGUGAUCGAUCUUCGUCACCUCAAUCAGUAACUUCAGGUAUUGAAUUCUCUGAGUUCUGUCUUGAGGAAUUGUUUGCUGAAGAAAGAGCAGAUUCACCCGAGUCAUUGAUAUCAGAAGAUGGAACGAGAUUAGUAGAUGAGUCAGACAAAGAUAUGAGCCAAGACCCGGAUUCAACAUCAGAAGAGAGCCUGUCAUUUUUAGAGGACUGGUUUUCAGAAUUAGAUCUAAGACCAUCCUCCCCUGAAUCUGUUGCAUCACAAGAGGAGUACAGGCCCCUCUCUCCUGACUCACCUGUCCCCCAAUAUGGACCUGGUUUGUCUGUUUUUACCGUGUCAGCGGGACAGAGGUGUUCGACACCUGAAUCUGUGAUAUCAGACUGGGAUGAGUUUGGUCUGGAGGACUUGCUCUGUGAGACCAGCGCCUUUUCUCCUGACUCCAUCCGUUCCGACACAGAUACUGUUUUAACUCAGGGUGACGGUCAACAUUAUCCUCCAACAGACCAGGUUUCCACUGAACAUGAACCUGAAAUGACAGUUGAAAGAGCACGCUUAAAACAACCCCCGGAAUUAACAUGGGCCCCUUUUAGGUUAGUUUCCCCAGUAGUUUACCAAACCCACCGAGCAGUAGAAGCGUUUUUUUGUAGGGCCUCCUCCCCAGACAGCCACAGAGAACCUGUAGAUGAUGUAGAGACUCACAGACCUCACCAAGCGUCCUCUCAGUCGAGUCACAUGCCAUCGGACGAACAAAAUCUGGGGUCUCCUGUUGCUGCUGUCAGGGCUGGAGGAGGCGGGUUCACCACCAAAGACCUCAAGCAAGUCGUAAGUCAAUCCAAAGAAAAGAACACAGUAAUGUCCCCUACGUUGAAAGGAAGUGAAGUGCAACCCGAGAUGGAGGAGACAAGCAAGCACCUGAAAAGAAAGGCGAUGAGAAAAGAGGAGGACGGCAGAGUUUCUGCGGCGUCGGUAAGACCACACGCGUUCUCCAUCAGCAGGGGAAUGCAGUGA